GGGGGGUACUGGGAGGUAGUGGAGGGGACUGGGUGGAACUGGGAGGGGACUGGAGAGCACUGGGUGACGUCACCUGAUGAUGUCAUCACAGCUCCUGGUGGCACUGGGGAUACUGGGAGCACUGGGGACAUUGGUGAUGGGGCACUGGUGGCACUGGGGCCAUACUGGGAGCGCUGGGAGCAUGACCGUGUGGCACUGGGCCAUACUGGGAGCACGACCGUGUGGCACUGGGCCAUACUGGGAGCACUGGGAGCAGUGACCGUGCAGCCCUGCUCGCACUGGGCCAUACUGGCAGCGCCGCGCAGGACGCCGGCACCGGAAGUCGUCAGGAGGGGGGCGGGCCCUCCUGAGCGCCGCCCAAUGGGAGCGGCCCUCCCUCCGGCGGUGCCCGGCGCCGAUUGGCGGAGCGGCGGCCAAGGGAGGAGGCGGACUCUGCGCGUCGCCCAAUGAGAGCGGCCUCUCCGCCGUGCCCCGAGCCGAUUGGCGGAGCCGCGGCCGAGGGGGGCGGGACCCGAGAGCGGCGGGAGCCGUCGGCGGAGGAGAACGGAGAUGAGCGCGGAGCGGGAGCUGCGGCAGCUGCAGAAGGCGAAGCAGAAGGCGCGGCGCCGCGGGGACAAUGCGGCCGAGCUGGCGGCAACGUGCAACCAACUGGGAGAGAUCCUGGCCAGCCACGGGCGCUACGAGGAGGCGCUGGCCGAGCACCGGGAGGAGCUGCGGCUGCUGGAGGAGGCGGGCGACGGCAUCGGCUGCGCCGUGGCGCACCGCAAGAUCGGCGAGCGCUUGGCCGAGCUGGAGCGCUACGAUGCCGCGCUGGAGCACCAGCGGCGGCACCUGGAGCUGGCGCGGGCCCUGGGGGACGACACGGAGCAGCAGCGCGCCUGGGCCACCAUCGGGCGCACCCACAUGUUCGCCGCCGAGAGCCGCGCCGGCGCCGAGGCUGAGGCCGAGCUGAGGGAGGCGGAGAGAGCGUUCGCCACCAGCCUGGCCAUCGUGGACGAGCGGCUCGAGGGUGAGCGCUCCCUGCCCCCUCCAAGUGUCCCCAUGUCCCCUCCACGUGUCCCCAUGUCCCUUCCACGUGUCCCCAUGUCCCUUCC